AUGGGACGGGCAGCAGUGGCAGAGCAGGCUACAGGCCCGGACAACUCCCUGACCAUCCUCAUCAAACACUGCCGGGACAUGAAGAGACAGGAGGCACGCACCGCAGCUCUCACUCUCCUCAUGAUGCUCUGCUGUCUGUUCGUCUCAAUCUGCGGCAUCUUUGCCAACUCCCAGCGUGAGUUGCAAUCCAGGAGAGAUGUGACACCAAACAUCAGUCCGUUGAAAUCUGACAAGCACGUGCUUUGUCCCUCAGAUUCUGCUGAAACCGAACCACAAAAGAUGAGCGUUCAUGUUGGGCUGCACAACCAUACAUGGGAGGUCAUUGAUGGAGAAUAUUUCGAUGAGGAGAAGCAGGCCAUCGUGAUCCCAAACCCCGGAUUCUACUUUGUCUACGUGGCAGCAACCUGUUGGUGCAGGGGAACUGAACCCCCUUCUGCUGGCAUCCAUGUCAAGCUGCAUAAAUGGAACGCUGACUAUGAUAAGCAAGUCAUGAUGGAGGAAGGACAGGAAGAGCUCCACUGUCCUCACGACGGUCUCAAACACAUAUACAUAGGGCAGGUUUUUAAGCUUCGGGCUAUGGAUCAUCUAACAGUGAGCCUUCGCCCCAAAGACAAAGUGCAUAUCAAAUCUUCGUUCGGGGCUUUCACCACAUCCUUCCCCUGAGUUUAGGUGGAGAAUAAGACAUGCUUCCCUUCAUAUAUUUGUUUAAUAAUCUGAUUCCUAACGGAAGAAAGGCUUGCUGUUUGUAAGUUUAAUCUCAAUCAAUAAGCUAAUACGCUGCAUAUCAAUCUCAUUAUCAUUCAAACAUGCCGUUCUUUUUGUUCCUCAGAAGAAUCCAAUACUAAGAAGGUCUGAAAUCUUUGUUCUGCAUUUUGAAAUCAUCCAUGUUUGAGGGUGUCAUGUUGUGUGUUGGAGUACAGUGGUUGAGGUUCAAGUUCAAGUGUGGAAGAACUAUGAUGUAUGUCAACAAAAUCAAAUUAUUUUUACCAACUUUUACAGACUUUUUCUUUGUGUUGGGAUUCACCCUAGGAUUAUAAAGCAUGGU